AUGGAUGAUGAACUCGCUCAGCUUGAUUUUGAGUUAUGCCGCUUAUCUGGGAGUUGUGCGCGGCCAUUGACAAGCGAAACAAGUACUCUCGUGGAAAUCCUGCUAGUCAUCAAAGCUGUAUCGAGUACUGGAGAAUUAAACGGGUUCCUAGUUCAAUUAGAAACUCGCUUGAUGGGAAUACAUGAAUUUCUUGUUGGGAUGAACUUGAGAUAA